CCCGCCCCGCCCCCCUCGGCCGCGCCGCGCCCCGCGCCCCGCAGGACUGUGUUCCUGAGAGGGGGCGUAGCCAUGGCCAGUGGAGGGAAGGGUGGCCGGCUCAGCAGUCCUUGUUAUACCAACCGUCUGAUUAACGAAAAGUCUCCCUACCUCCUUCAGCAUGCUCACAACCCCGUGGAUUGGUACCCGUGGGGCCAGGAAGCCUUUGAUAAAGCCAAAAAAGAAAACAAACUGAUCUUUCUGUCAGUUGGCUAUUCCACCUGCCACUGGUGCCACGUGAUGGAGGAGGAGUCCUUCAAGAACAAGGAGAUCGGUCAGAUUCUCAACGAGAACUUUGUCUGCAUAAAAGUGGAUCGGGAGGAGCGGCCCGAUGUGGAUAAAGUCUACAUGACCUUCGUGCAGGCAACCAGCAGUGGAGGGGGCUGGCCGAUGAGCGUGUGGCUGACUCCCGACCUCAAACCCUUUGUAGGCGGGACGUAUUUUCCCCCUGGAGAUGGAAUUUACCGAGUCGGCUUUAAGACAGUGCUGCUGCGAAUUGUUGAUCAGUGGAAGCGAAACCAAGAGGCCCUUUUGGAGAGCAGCCAGAGGAUCACAGAUGCACUGCUCACAAGGGCUGAGGUUGGCAUCAGGGGUGAGGAGUCGCCCCCACCUUCAUCUGAGGUGAUGACCCGAUGCUUCCAGCAGCUGUCCGAGUCGUACGACGAGGAGUAUGGCGGCUUUUCAGAGUUUCCCAAGUUCCCCACGCCAGUCAAUUUGAACUUCCUCUUCACGUACUGGGCCCUGCACCGGACCUCUCCUGAUGGUGCACGGGCCUUGCAGAUGGCUCUGCACACCCUCAAGAUGAUGGCCUAUGGUGGGAUUCAUGAUCACAUUGCCCAGGGAUUCCACCGCUACUCCACUGACCAGAGGUGGCACGUUCCUCACUUUGAGAAGAUGCUGUACGACCAGGGGCAGCUGGCAGCAGCAUAUGCCAAGGCAUUUCAGAUUUCUGGCGAUGAAUUCUUUGCAGAUGUUGCCGCCGACAUCCUGCUCUAUGUCUCCCGGGAUUUGAGUGACAGGGCCGGAGGGUUCUACAGUGCGGAGGAUGCGGAUUCCUAUCCCACAGCCAAGUCCAAAGUGAAGCAGGAAGGGGCUUUCUGCGUGUGGACGGCAGAGGAAAUCCGGGCCCUCCUUCCGGACCCUUUGGAGGGGGACUCAGAAAGGAAGACGCUGGCAGACAUCUUCAUGCAUCACUAUGGGGUGAAGGAGGGCGGGAAUGUAAGCCCCAUGAAGGACCCAUACAAUGAGCUGAAAGGCAAGAACGUCCUGAUUGUGCAGUAUUCCCUGGAGCUGACAGCAGCCAGGUUCGGUCUGGAGCUGGACCAUCUGAAGGCCAUGCUGGCAAAGAGCCGGGAGCGGCUGUCAGAGGUUCGGGCCCAGCGACCACGGCCCCAUCUGGACUCCAAGAUGCUGGCAUCCUGGAACGGGCUGAUGAUCUCGGGCUUUGCUCAGAGCGGGGCCAUCCUUGGCAAGGAGGAGUACGUCAGCCGGGCCACGUGUGCUGCUGACUUCCUGCGAAGCCACUUGUUUGAUGCCAGCACUGGGCGCCUCCUUCGCAGCUGCUACCGGGGCAAAGACAACAUAAUAGAGCAGAGCACCGUGCCCAUCCAGGGCUUCCUGGAGGAUUAUGUCUUUGUGAUCCAGGCCCUCUUUGACCUGUAUGAGGCCUCACUGAACCCGAGCUGGCUGGAAUGGGCCGUACAGCUCCAGCACAAGCAGGAUGAGCUCUUCUGGGACAACAAAGACUUUGCCUAUUUCUCCAGUGAGGCUGGAGACUCCUCACUGCUCCUCCGCUUGAAGGAUGACCAAGAUGGGGCAGAGCCCAACGCCAACUCCAUCGCCGUCACUAACCUGCUCAGGGCAGCCUGUUACUCCGGCCAUAUGGACUGGGUGGAGAAAGCUGGGCAGAUCCUGGCAGCCUUUUCAGAGAGGCUGCUGAAGAUCCCUGUGGCUCUGCCGGAGAUGGCUCGAGCCACUGCAGCCUUUCACCGCACCCUGAAACAGGUCGUUAUCUGCGGGGACCCAGAAGGAGAUGACACUAAAGAGCUGCUACGCUGCAUCCGCUCCAUCUUCUCUCCAAACAAGGUGCUGAUGCUGGUGGACGGAGACAGCACCGGGUUCCUGUACCGCCAUUUGCCCUUCCUCUCCUCCCUGGAAAAGAAAGAUGGAAAAGCCACUGCAUAUUUCUGUGAAAACUUUGCCUGCUCUCUGCCUGUCACCUCCUCCCAGGAGCUGCGCAAGCUGCUGCUGCUGUAAGAUGUCACCCUCCCUCCCCCCUCAGCCUCCUCUGCACCCUGGCAAACGUGGGAAAAAAUAGGAAAGACUAUGGAGACAGUCCUGUCUCCUCUGGACAGGACAGAGGAGCCUGCAAUAAAGUCCUCGUGUACACAAGCCACUUCCUGGAUUGUUCUCAGCACCGCUGACGCAGUCACAACCAGCCGUUGCUCCUCUCUCCCCACCUUGUCUUCCGAGUUGGUUCUAGCCCUCAUCCGUCCAUGCCACGAUUGCCCCAAGAGCCCUGUCCAGUGAGGUCUGAUGAUGUCCCCGUGGCCAUGUCCCAGGGAGUCCGUUCUCAUAUCUACUGUAGAGUCAGGCUUGAAGAGUCCAUGUGCCGUGGAAUCCAGCAAUAAGAAAGCAACAAAUCAAGGGCAGAUCCCAGCGUUAAUGUUCACUUCAGGUUGCAAAGAAGUCAGACAAGUAAACUAUUUGGGUUCCUAUAGCAACACCAGAUGAAGACGUCAGCGUCAGCACCAGAAAGUCUCAUCCUCCAGCUAGACGCCACUGCAGCAAUAGGAGUUCCCAGGCACAGCUGUCAGGUUCGCCACUGCCGAAGGGCUGGGGUGUUCCCGUGGGGUGCUGCUGUGAGUGCGGAGCAUGGAGCGGGCAUUGCUGGAGAGGCAUGAAGGACCCAGCAUCCUGCAGUCAGGACAAGAGGCAUGACCAGGCCAAAAGGGGCAGGAGGAGUCCCAGCAGCUGGUGCUGGAUGAGGAAUGGACGUCCCAUGGCACCGGCAGUGCUGGGAGGGCUUCCCAAAGUGGGCAUUUGGGAUACACGAGGCCUCGCAGCUUUGAGACGAAUCUUUAGUGGGAAGUAUCUCCCGAGAAGCGGGCACUGCUGGAAGGAAGCUCCCUCCACAGGAAAGGGAGGCGUGGCAAGGGGUGUCAAGUCUCUGUGCCUGCCAAUGCCGCUGCCACCAUCUGCAUUCCCGGAGCCAUGCCCCUCUGACCCAAGAGACGGAGCAGCCGCAGAAGCAAGAAGUUAAACUUGCACCAAGACGCUUCCUUCCUCAUUACAUUUCCUGCCAGUAACUCACCAAUUUCCCUGCAAAUUACGUUGAUUUGCUGAAACUGUUGUUUUCCACCCCUUGCUUGUCUGCACAAUUAAAUUAAGGUUUUGUUGACAGCCGCGUGGACAUGACAAGAAGCAGCGAUGUGAAAAGUUUCUGCUCAGUGACUCACAUGCUGAUUGUGUUCUGUUUUUAAUGGGGCCUGUGGCCUCUCCUGGGACUCGGGGCCACCGUUCCCAGCGUAUGCUGCGUGUGGGUUUCAGAUUCUUCAUGAGCGUAUAAUCGGGGUAACGUGUACAGGGGCCGUUCAAGUUUAGCAGGGCCACAGCUGUGAUCUAAAUGAUCCUUGUUCAGAGGCACAUUGGUUUUACUAUCCAUCACUCAGAUCAUGAAACCAAUGGGGGUCUUUUCUGAGCAAAGGACCAGUGCUUUGGAGGCAUUCAAACUGCUAGAUUGCAGAGAGGCAUCCAAUGGGAUUUUCCAAAUGACUGAAGAGUCCAUAUGUGACAGGAGACAGACUAUGGCCCAUGGUCCCUCAUGAGAAAAGGUGCCAGCACAGCCAGCUAGCAACGUUACGGUCGCUUAAAACGUUCAGGGCCACAAAGUCAUUCCACAUAGUCUGUUUUAAUAAGAGUGGCAUAAUGUCUGAUUCAGAAGAAUUUUUAUUUAAAUAAGGGAGGAACAUUGCAAUGUGAGACACUGUUUAUUUAACAGAAGGACAUGCUAUAGUGUAUUAUAUUUUUAUAACAGGGAACAUUGUAGUAUCUUUACUAUUAUAAUACACUGUUUUUUGAAGGGCAGAAUAUCGAAGUGUGUGCCAUACUAGUUUGUUAAAUAAAUUUACCUUUUCUGUCCCCA